AAAAAAAAUAAAACUAGCCCAUUACGUGAAAACGUAGGAGACAGUAGCUCGGUGUAAAUAAUAGAGAAGGUUUAAAGGUGCCUACGUAAUGCAAAAGCUGCUUAUAAAUUCAGUCGCCGUACGUACUCGAGUGCUCGCAAGUGUUUCCCGGUAGAGGGUAGCGGGGGCGUGGACGCCGGGAGCCGCAGUGACGACCCGGAGGACGACGCCGACGUCGGCCACCUCGUCAUUGCCAUCGCGCCCGUGGGCAAAGUCGGCCAAGAGAAGACGUCACGUGCCGUGAGUGUGACAUCCGGUUUAAAGAUUUUUGUAAAAAUGUGUCAGGCCGGUCGAUACAAUCGUGGGGUACUGAUCUUGCUGAGCCUGUGGAUGAUCAUCCUGAUUAGCAGUUUGAAAGUGAUAAGAUCAGAGACGACAGUGACGAGCAACGUUGAUUCGACGGGUGCACGAGACUUUUUUAUUGGUCCUUGUUUGGUAAAAACCAUUCGGACCUGUCCGGACGAGGAAGUGACGUUUUUCUUGUACACCCAAAGUAACCCAACGGAAUCUCAGCAGAUCAACGUCACCAGUAACAGCUCGAAUCUCAUCAAUACCCACUUUGAUUCCACCAAGCCGACCAAGGUGAUAGUGCAUGGCUACAAUUCGGAUAUGCAGCUGGAUUCGCUGGUGGCUAUAAGGAACGAAUACCUGAAGAGAGGCCAGCACAACGUGAUAGCCGUCGAUUGGCAUCGUCUUGCGUCUGGUCCUUGUUAUCCGGUAGCCGUUCACAACGUGCCCCACGUUGGCGAAUGCUUAGCCCAAUUGAUAAGACGCCUGCGCGACACCGGAGCCGUUGACGUUCACGUGAUUGGAUUCAGUCUGGGCGCCCACGUGCCCGCUUUCUCGGCAAACUCAUUAAGACCCUACAAGCUGCCCAGAAUCACGGGUCUGGACCCGGCGAUGCCGCUCUUCGUCACCGUGGGCAAGGACCAGAAGCUGGAUGCUGGAGACGCUCAGUUCGUCGAUAUCUUUCAUACGAACGCCUUCAUACAAGGGAAGAUCGAGGCUAGUGGGCAUAUUGAUUUUUACAUGAACGGCGGGAUCAAUCAACCCGGAUGCUGGCAGAAGAGGAACCCCUUCGGAUGCAAUCAUCAUCGAGCUGCCGAUUAUUUCGCGGAGUCCAUCAAUACCAAGAUUGGAUUCUGGGGGUGGCCUUGUCCUGGAUUUUUUGCUUAUCUCUUGGGUCUCUGCCCACCUAGAUUCCCGGCCGUGCAGGCUGGCGAUCUUGUCGAUCAGCGGUACAGGGGGUUUCAUCUGGUCAAGACACGCGGCCAGAGUCCUUUUGCUCUUGGGAUCUUUACGGUUGACAGUAUGGAUAGGCGUUAAGGAAUUUUUUUGGAAAUUUAUAUGAGAUUGCGCGAUUUUUUUUUUUUUAUUGGCCGUUUGGUGGAAUCUUUUGAAAUCAUCGGACCGGAAACCGGUGGAGAUGACUGGGCUCGGUCAUUAUUUGGAAGUACCUAGUGAAUCUGAAAAGUAACUUAUCUUGCUCAUGAUUUUUGCUCAGUUCGUGUAUUCUUAUGCUGUUAUCAGUAUAUUUUUGUGUUCAGAGGAAGUUCUCUGCCGGUUUCUAUCUCAUUAACGGAACUGAUGUUGCGGUUAUGAUACUUCAUUGCUAUCUUU